UUGAGUCGGGAGGGAGCUCCCCAUCCGCUCUGGGGCCCGCUCCCUCCUCCGUGUUGCCCAGGAUGGUACCGCCCAGGGGCCUGCGCUGGCCCUGAUCCCCCCCUCUGGGAGAUGGUGCAGGCCGGGGGCUCCUUGCCCCACCGCCGCCGCCCCGGCGGCCGCCGCCGCCGCCGCCUCUGACCCGCGCCCCCGCCCCAUGGCCGCCGCGGCGCCGCCCCCCCCUGACAAGCUGGAGGGAGGAGGCGGCCCCGCCGCGCCGCCAGCGCCGCCCAGCACCGGGAGAAAGCAGGGCAAAGCCGGUCUGCAAAUGAAGAGCCCGGAAAAGAAACGGCGCAAGUCAAAUACUCAGGGCCCUGCAUACUCACACCUGACGGAGUUUGCACCACCCCCGACCCCCAUGGUGGAUCACCUGGUGGCAUCCAACCCAUUUGAGGAUGACUUUGGGGCCCCCAAGGUUGGGGGGGCAGCUCCUCCAUUCCUUGGCAGCCCUGUGCCCUUUGGUGGAUUCCGUGUGCAAGGGGGCAUGGCUGGCCAGGUGCCCCCAGGCUAUGGUGGUGGAGGUGGAGGCGGGCCUCAACCACUUCGAAGACAGCCUCCUCCUUUCCCCCCCAAUCCAAUGGGUCCUGCCUUCAACAUGCCCCCUCAGGGCCCUGGGUACCCACCCCCGGGUAACAUGAACUUCCCCAGCCAGCCCUUUAACCAGCCCUUGGGCCAGAACUUUAGCCCUCCUGGGGGACAAAUGAUGCCAGGCCCUGUGGGGGGGUUUGGACCCAUGAUUUCACCUACUAUGGGGCAGCCACCCAGAGGGGAGCUGGGCCCUCCUUCUCUUCCCCAACGAUUUGCCCAGCCAGGUGCUCCCUUUGGGCCCUCACCCCUUCAGCGGCCUGGUCAAGGGCUCCCGAGUCUGCCUCCCAACACGAGCCCCUUCCCUGGUCCUGAUCCUGGCUUCCCUGGUCCUGGAGGAGAGGAUGGAGGGAAGCCCCUAAACCCUCCUGCAGCAACUGCCUUCCCACAGGAGCCUCAUUCGGGCUCGCCUGCUGCUGCUGUCAAUGGCAACCAGCCCAGUUUUCCCCAGAACAGUGGUGGUCGGGGUGGGGGCACCCCAGAUGCCAAUAGCUUGGCACCUUCAAAUAAGACAGGCGGGGCAUCGGGGCACCAGCCCCCUCCAGGCUUGGUGUACCCAUGUGGGGCAUGCCGAAGUGAAGUGAAUGAUGACCAGGAUGCCAUUUUGUGUGAGGCAUCAUGUCAGAAGUGGUUCCAUCGGGAGUGUACUGGCAUGACAGAGAAUGCCUAUGGGCUGUUGACCACCGAAGCUUCAGCUGUCUGGGCCUGUGAUUUCUGCCUCAAGACCAAGGAGAUCCAGUCAGUCUACAUCCGAGAGGGCAUGGGGCAACUAGUGGCUGCCAAUGAUGGGUGAAUUUGGCACAUUUGGUGUGGGACCAAGCAAUCUCCUUGAGGACCAUGGACCUUUCUCCUCUUGUGGCUCUUGGUCUCAGCUCCCCACUCAGGCUGGGAGGAGGCAUAGUGACUCCUGGGGGUAGGAGAAGGGAUUUACUGCGCAAGAGAAUGCUUAGAUCUCUCUCCUUGGAACCUGCCCAUGAAGGGCUAAGAAAGAAUCUCUUGGGAGGCCAGAGCCCCAGUGAGCAGUGCCAUUCUCUGAUUGUCCAGGGUAUCUUAAAGAGGAAAGGAUAGAGGGGUAGGAUAUGAGUGGACAUUAUUGGUGAGGGGCUGCAUUUCUUUGCUGGUGCCAGAUGCCUUCUAGUAUCUGUGCCUAACACUCCUACCCAGCCUCACUCUGAGGGAUAAACUCCUGAAUGUUUUUCCCCCUCUGGCCAGAGAUAAUUGUCAGGGUUUCCUCCCAUUCCUUCAGUGGCCUACCAUGGGGUUUUAGCCCAGUGCAGAAGACAGUAUUAGAUGAUGAGUGGAACCAGUUGGUAGGGAUCAUCCAUUAUUUCUAACGAUCCCCUUUCCGCUGGCCUCCCUCCUCUGGAACCAAAAGGCUUUGAGGAAGCUAGAUGAAGGUCUAAACCAUAACAUUCCUGGAGAUUUUGAUGGCAGCAGGAUCAGAAUGGUUGAGAGAUGAUGUUCUUGAGACAGUCCCCUCCUCGUACCAAAGUCACAGGUCCCUCUCCAGCUUCAGUCUAUUCAUCUCCUGGUCCAUGUCAUGCUUCCUAACCCCCGAGACUUUGUACAUCUCACACAUUAUCCAAAACCACUUUUUUCAAAUCUGCCCUUUGGCCUAUAGCUCCUGUGUGUUUGCUAUGCUGAGAGCCCAAGAAAAGAACAGAAACCCCAACAAUUUUCUCAGUCAUUUAUUUCAGGUGUUCUUAUAGGAUAAAAGUGAAGGUUUCACCUUACCAAUUUGAAUGGGGCAGGGUUACUCCCAAUCCUGGGAUCCUCAUGGGGGAGCGGGAAGGAAAGAAUUCAGUAUUUUCAUACUUCUCAAUCCCCAGCCCCUCAGCAUCUCCCAAGGCUUAAUAAUAAUCUGAUUCUCAUCAGCCUCUUACAGUGUAUUUUCUCUAUUGAUGAAGCCAUUUGGCUGAUGUAGAUGACAGCCCAGCACAGAGCCUUUCUGAUUAGCCCACUCUGGUGUGUGAGUACUCCAACUGCCCUCUCUCCACCCCAAUGAAACUCUCAGCUUGCAUGUCAGCUCCCCAUCAGUGACUGGGGGUGAGGUUUAGUCAUCUGGAAGGAAUUAGCAGCCUCUAGCUGUAGGUGAGUUCAGUCCUUUAAUUGAGGGAAUAAUAGAAAAGGGCCAAGAUACUUGUCUCCCCUCUGUUCCUUAACCAGAUGCCCUGGUCCUUUCUUCACCCUAGCAGCUUUCCCCAGUUACAGAGCACUUGGGUAAGAGAACUCCAAGGCAAGGGGACUGGGCAUCUAAGUUUCUUGUCUGUUCUGCUAAUAUCCGGAGCUCUUAACUCCUGAAGAGAGUGGACCUGUGUUACCAUCCCUCUUCCCCUGGAAAAAAAGAACAAUGAAAACAAAACAUGAAAAGUAACUGAGCACAGAUGGAUGGACAGCCACACUGUUAAAUUUUGUGUUAUGUUUUGGUUCUCCUCUGGUGUCCCUUCCCAUUAUCUAUUGCUAUUUUUGUGCCAUUUCCCUUCUAUUUUCUUCUUUCCCGUUUUGUAAAGCACCACCCCCUCCAUCCACUAAGAGUGGGGUGGAGUGGGCUGAGGUGGAUUGGCGUUGGUGGGGCCUUUGGUCUUUUUGUAUGGUUGGAUUUAUAAAGUGACUUGAAAAACCA